AUGUUGCUCGUUAACUCAGAUCACUUGAAAGACUUUCCAGGGCUCGUUUCCCACAUAAGAAGUAAAGGUUAUGGGCACGACACCGGCAUUUUGAAGCUUCGGUUAAACCCAAAGGACAGAAAGGAUAAUGAAAAUGUUGACAAAAUUAUAGAAUUAAUGAAGAAGAAGUUCAAAGAAAAAAUCUAUCAAGAGAAGCAGCGUGUCUUUUCAUACAUCCCAGAUGCACAAUUAGUAUUUAGGGCAUCAGUCCAUGAUGAUGUUUAUCAAGUGGUGCGAGGUGUUUGCACAGAUGAGGAGCGAAAAAAAUUUGUUGAAGAAGCAACCAACAAAGCAAGCUAUAUCAAUCAAGAUCAAAGUUGCUGUUCUCAGGCUCUCACUUCUGGAAUUGAUUGCAUUCGGAAGCAUUAUUUUGAUGUAAUCCGAGAGUCAGCGCAAUCAAAUGACCAAUGUGAAGGGACAAAUAACAAUGGAAAGAAAGUGUCAACAGUUCUUUAUGGAAGUGGAAUCCAGCUUGAUCGGCGCCAGUCAUUGAGAGUUUGUGAUUCACUCUCAAUGUCAAAGUUAGGAACAGUUCUUGAUCUCAUUGAUGAAAAAUAUGAUGGGGUUGCAUAUCCCUAUGUGUAUUCUGGUACAGCCCAUUCAAUUUUCCCAUGGCAUAUUGAAGAUGCAUCCCUAUGGAGCAUCAAUUAUUUAAUGAAAGGUGCUAGUAAGUUGUGGUUUGCAAUUCCACCUAAAUACUUUGGCACUGUGGACAAGAUUGCUUCUUCGUCACGAAUUCAUAAGGCGCACUCAUCUUGCCGAGCCGUCCUUGUGGAUCACAAAUGCCUUCUUGUAGACCCAGAGCUAUUCAAGCAGAAGUUCGGAGUGCCAUACAUAACUGUGGUGCAAAAACCUGGUGAUUUCAUUCUGACAUUCCCGUUUGCAUUGCAUUCAGGAGGUAAUAUGGGAAAUAAUUUGGCUGUUGCAAGUAACUUUGGCGAUCCUGACUGGGUCGAAGAAGCCAUUUAUGCUCCAGUUUGUAGUUGCAACCUCAAUCAGGUGCACCUCGAUCUCACCAAUGUAUUGAAGAGCUGUAAGCCGCAUCUCUUAGAUACAUACCAGAAUGAAACAUUCCUUAUUUUCCCUCCGGGACACCCCAUGGAACUGCAAGAUGUAAAAACUACUGCUCUUGCAACACCUCACACCUCUAUCAAAAUUGUGAAUAGAGGAUCAAGAGGAGGAAUGAGAUCGAGGACUUUGGAGUGUCCAGAUUGCUCAUCAACUUUUACUCAAAAUAAAUUGGACAGACUAAAAAAACAUGUGAAGAAGAAUCAUAGUACAGACAUGCUACGCCUUCUCCGCAUCAUUGAUGCUAAGUAUCCACCUUGGAAGCCCAAGACAACCCACGGAAAAAUGUGCAAUAUAUGUGGGUCAUUUGUGAGAGGGUCUAGAUUCCACUUGGAUAGGCACAAAGCAACAUGCAGUGUUUUGCCAGCACAGAAACAGAAGUAAAAGCCAAAAGAUGUAGACACAAUUUUUUGUCCUUCCAUUUUUUUAAACCAAAUAACAAUACAUUUUGUCUUAUUUUAGCUCAUCUUUCUGGUUUAUAUGUUAUGUGUUUGAAAUAAUAUAAUCUAGUAAUUAGUUAUCCUCAUGACUCAUUUAUUCAUCUUUUUACCGGAUACAGUCCUGGAGUGGGGUGCGAAGGAGUUCAUCCAACAGAAACUAAAUUAAAACUAUAAAAUCAACAUUCAAUUAAACAUAUUUCUAAGACUCAAAAUUUAUUGAACAAAUCCUUCAAUUAGAAAACUGUAAGAGAAGAAAACAUAAGGCACAGUGCAGCAGUCGCAAGGUUAACUAAAACAGAUAACUAUGGAUAGUUGCAUAAGGAUAUUAGUAAGAUUUUAAACUGAGAUAUUCAUAUUUUUCUAACAGAGAAUGCUAGUUAAAAUGUACUUAAAAUUUUAUAAUAUCUGUAAUCUUCUUCAAGAAAUUUAAUUUAAUUGAUUUUGUUCUAUAUGAAGUAGGUGGUAAUUUGCACGACCGGAUCAAAUGUGUGCUUAGUUCACACCUGUGCGAAUGUACAUAGAAGCACAAAUCUGCAGGACUCCCACGGUUGUGUACU